CUCAAACUACAACCAUUGAAACAACGGCAGAAUCGACCACGAUGGCAGAGACUACGACCAUGGAAACUACAACCACCAUGGAGCUCACAACAGACGAUGCAACCACCGCCGGUAUAACGCCAGGUCACUAUAAAACAACAGAAGAAGCCACAAAGGCCAUCACAGACAAACCUACCAAGAUCGUCAAUACUCUCAAGCCUGGCCUUCUUGAGUCUGAGAGUGCCCCUAUUUGCACCAACGACUACAUGGAGCUAGCCCUGCCGGCCCACCGGCUCAGUCACGUGAUCACCAGCGGGCUGCACUGGGACCUGGACCCGAGCUGUCAGGCCACCUUCAACGGUACCCACUACAUCCUGCGCACCGGGCUAUAUCAGUGCGGGACAAAGGUGACCUUUGACUCGAAGUACGUCAUAUUCUACAACAAUGUCAGCCUGCUGUUUACCCAUGAUGGCGUCAUCACCAGAGACCCGGAUGUAGUCAUACACUCUGUCUGUAAGUACGAUCGUGACGAAGCCGUGAUGUCCGAGUUCCUGCCCAUCCCGGGCGGACUGGAGUUUGUUGAUGAAGGGUUCGGUCAGCUGUCCAUCCGGCUGGACCUGUUCCCCACACAGAGCUACCUGUCCCCGUACACCACACCUGACUACCCGGUGCACCUGCACCUGCGGGACAUGAUGUACCUGCAGCUGCAGGUGCAGGGCCACGCCCGACAGCUGUCAGUCAUCGCCCUGCACUGUGAGGCUACAUCCGGGAACAACGCCUCCCUAAAGUACCCACUGAUACAGGAAAGCUGUGCCUCGGACGACACCUUACAGUUCUACGCACAACCUCAACCCGGCACACAGCGCUUCGGUCUGGAGGCCUUCCGCUUCGUACAGGAAGUGACGACAGUCAACAUCCGGUGUGAGGUGGAGGUGUGCGAUGCAACUGACACAACAUCCCGCUGUGAACAGGGUUGCAGGACCAGUCGUCACCACAAGAGGGCGCUCGGCGACCAGGAUGCCAUGAAGAGCCGCUACGUGAUCUCUCAGGGCCCCAUCAUCUUUAGUGCAGAUUUCCAAGAGGCGGAUGGUGCGAAGGCCGCGGUCAUUGCUGUUGGCGGGUCUGCUGUGGUGAUCGUUCUCGCUGCAGUUUUACUGGCUGUCAGAGUGAGGCGCUCAAAGCGGGUACAUCCGGGAUACCAGCCACUCAGUAACCUUGAUGCCGAGUAAAGCACCAUUAUCUGGUCACGAAAACUCCUUGUGAUACC